AUGGCGGACCGCGAGGGCGCCAUCACGACGUCGGAGGCGGUCGUGAGCGGCGAGGCGUCCGGCCCCAAGGUGACGGUCGUCGUGCACCCGCUCGUGCUGCUGUCCACCGUGGACCACUACAACCGCGUCGCGCGCGACACGAAGAAGCGCGUCGUCGGCGUGCUGCUGGGCACGCGGUCGGGCGGCGACGUCGACGUGACGAACUCCUUCGCCGUGCCCUUCGAGGAGGACAGCAAGAACCCGGCGAUCUGGUACCUGGACCACAACUACCUCGAGACCAUGUACCGCAUGUACAAGAAGGUCAACGCGCGCGAGGUCGUCGUCGGCUACUACUCGACGGGCCCGAAGAUCAAGGAGAACGACAUCAAGAUCGACGCGCUGAUGCAGGACUACUGCGCCCAGCCCGUCUUCGUCAUCAUCGACGUGCGGCCCGAGAACGACGCGAUCCCGACGACGGCCUACGUGUCCGUCGAGGAGGUCGAGGCCGAGUCCGGCGCGGCGCGCAAGGAGAUCCAGCGCACCUUCAAGCACGUGAGCUCCAUGAUCGGCGCCUACGAGGCCGAGGAGGUCGGCGUCGAGCACCUCCUGCGCGACGUCAACGACCCCACCGUGUCGACGCUCGCGUCGCAGAUCAAGCACAAGAUGGCCGGUUUGGUCGCGCUCCGGUCCCGCCUCGCGGAGAUGAAGGCCUACCUCGAGGCCGUGCUCGCCGGCAAGCUCCCGGCGAACAACCAGAUCAUGUACAACUGUCAAAUGAUCUUCAACCUCAUGCCCAACCUCAACGUCGACGCGCUCGUGUCGUCGAUGCUCGUGAAGACGAACGACUACCACCUCGCCAUCUACUGCGCGGCCCUCGUCCGCUGCAUCAUCGCCCUCCACGAGCUCGUCAACAACAAGAUCACGAACAAGCGCCUCGAGGAGGAGGCCGAGAACCCCAAGCCCAAGGACGACAAGAAGAAGGGCGACCCGGCCGACGGCGCCAAGGACGGCGCCAAGGAGAACGAGAAGCCCGACGCCAAGGCCGACGCCAAGGACGGCGCCGACGCGGCGAAGAAGUGA